UCGUGCGUGCAGGUCCUGGCGCGGGCGCACAAACGGUAGGGAAGAAGAAGAGAAGAAGGAAGAGAGCGACUGAGAGAGAGAGAGAGAGAGAGAGAGAGAUACACGGAGAGACAAUUUGGGAUUUAAUUGUGUGGAAUUACUGAAGGUUCUGUACUUUGUUUAACGGACGGACGGCGGGAUGGCGGGAGCGCAGCGGCUGCUGUCCACGCUGGGGAAUUUCCAGUCUUCGGCUCUAUUUGAGGACUUUGUAGAAACCGAAGGAAUUAAAACCGAAAGCAGCUUUGGAUCCACUGUCUCAGCAUGCAAAAAGUUCUGUGUGGUAACAGUGUGCUAGACACGUGCGAUUACUGGCUGAAGAAUGACAAGUCGCUUUGCAGAGUCAAUUUCCUUGAAGACCAACAUGAUGGCGGCUGCACUAUCUGCUUUGUAAGUUUGGACACAAGUGCAACUGACCAACAUGACAACAUCUGCCUCAAGAAGCUGGCAACUGUGUCUUCUGAUCUGCCAAGACUGGUUGAGGGGCUUGGUUCUUGGCCACUCAAAGAACAUGAAAUUCUGCUGUUAAAUGGCCUGGAGUCACCUGAUACUUACUCACGUGACCUUGCACAUUCACAUAUCCAGAGAGCAGCUGAUGUGUGUGUGAUUCAAAAUGCCAGUCGAUGUCGCCCAGUUAAGUCAGACAGCCUCGUCCUUCAGAUUAACAAGUUCCUGAUUGGUCUACAGUAUGGGCAGGAGAAGCAGCGACAUAUUCGUUUGGCUAAUCAGCGUGUCUGUGAUGAUGACACAAACCGUUCCGUUUCAUCCAUAGAGGAGGAUUUCCUAACAGCCUCCGAACAUUUGGGGGAAGAAAGUGAGGAUGACAAAAAUGAGACAGAUGUUGGAGUUUUACUAGAAUCAACUAAAAUGCAAAAGACAAAACAAACUAAGAAGAAGAGCAUGAUGGAGAGAGAUGCCAGUGAAGACUCAGACACGCUUUGUGCUUCCUGCAAAUCUCAUAAAGUUUCCAGGACUUCCAACAGACGUGACAAUAUCACUUCUAAAAAUAGGAAACAAAUCAACAAAGAGUCAAAUUAUGCCUCCAGCCUUGCCGAAUCCGUUCUGCAGGAUGCAUUUAUCUACCUUUCUCAAGACGAGUCAUCCUUUUCCAAUGAGUCAACAGUGUCUAUCUCUAACUCUCCAAAAAAAUCAUUAGAUGAGGCCUCUAGAACAAGAACACACUCCUUUGAACUUCCAAAAAUUGUAAUAGUCCAGAGUCCUGAUAACUGUGAUGAGCCAUCUGAAUGGCCUGGAACACAAUCCUUUGGUGCACCUGAAAACCAGGACAGACAAGAGGCAGGAACUCACAUUCAUCACAGCUCUCCAAUAAGGCAUACAGCUAAGCCUGUAGAGAUAGCUUUAGCAUGUGCUGCUAGCAUCAUCGGCACAAUCAGCAACCCACAGGUCACGAAGCAACUAGUGCUAGAACCAGCAAAUGAUGAGGAGGAAAAGGAUGAAGAAGAGGGCAGAGAGUUAGAGCAAAGAGACUAUUCAUUACCUUCUGGAAUAUGUGGAAUGUCCCAAGUAACAGGAGCAGUACAAACAGCAGGUGUAACUAAAGAUUCGUGUGAAUUGUCUGCAACAUCAGUUGGACUGCUAUCAGCGGCUCAAGCUUCCACAGCCAUUACAUUACACUGCAGUGUAGCAGAAGGAUCCAGUAUGGACACAUUUAGAUCCACCAUAGCUGAGAUUUUCUUAAAGGAAGCUUUAGAAGUCCUCAUCCACAAACAGAACUACACCAGCAUAGCAAACUUCUUGGAGACCACACAUAACAAGAUUGUGGAUGGUAUCAUGCAUCCAAGAAGGUCCUAUCAGAACCAUAUGACAAUGGAUGAUUUUACCCAAGAGAUGGCAGAGAGCAUGUUUAAAUAUGCAAUGGAGAAAGCUGUAAAAAGAAAAGAGCAUAGAGAGAAGGAUGCCUCCAAUGUCCACAACUUAAUCUUGGAGAGUGUAAACAGCUUGUUUUUUGAUGUUCUGUGUGCCACAUCAAGAAAAUUUGGUGAUAUUUCAAAAUCUACCCCGGAGUUAUCGGAUAGGAAAAUAAGUGAAGUCAGUGCAAAAGAAUAUGAGGCCACCACAAAGCCUGGAGGUGAAGCAAUAAGUCAACUGCAGCAUUUAACUGAACUUAAACAGCCUGAAAAUACCAAUGAGCUAGAAAAGCUUUCUUUACUUUCAGGAACAAAGGAACAAGAGCACCGAGCCAUGCAAGCAGAGAAAGAGAAUGAAACACAUGUGAAUGAGAACACCAAACACACACAAAACAAAACUACUUCUGCUACAAUUAAAGAAGCUUCAUCUACAGGAACUAUGGCAGUGUCUAAAACGAAUCAAGGUGAGUCCAAGACUCCUGUUGCAUGUUUUGCUGAAGACCUGGCAACCACUGUGGUCUCUAUGGCUACAGAGCUAGCAGCAAUAUGUCUGGAAAAUUCGAGUGGCAAGCAACCCUGGUUUUGUGCCCUUAAGGGAGGAUCUGAAGUGUCUGAGGGCCUUUUGUUGCCCUGUCGCACAAUUGCACCUUUCCGGAGAAAAGAGACACAGAAUGGAGUAGUGACAGCUAAAAAGCACCGUGCACCUCGCCUCAGCGAGAUCAAGCGCAAAACCGAGGAGCAGCCUGAGCUCAUGGAGCGACUAGUGAACCGUGUAGUUGAUGAAACCGUCAAUCUUGAUGAUCCAGCAAUGUCAGACCCUUUUGCACUUUUUGCCUCAGAGGUCACAGCCAGGAUUAUGAACUGUCCUGAACUGAAUGUAGUGGACACAUCCAAAUCAGGUCAGUCAUCUCGCAGCCGACUACAAUGUGAGAGAUGGAGCAGUCGUGGAAAAGCCUCCAGCUAUGAAAGUAUCCCAGAAGAAGAAGCAGAUCCUUCGGGAGCGCCCAAUACAUUAGAUCCAGGAAGCAGACUAGGUCACAACUUAAGCAGGGGAAGCUCAAUAUCUAAGCAGUCCAGCUGUGAGAGUAUUACUGAUGAGUUUUCUCGUUUUAUGGUUAACCAGAUGGAGACAGAAGGCAGAGGGUUUGACCUACUGCUGGAUUAUUAUGCUGGGAAAAAUGCCACCAGCAUCCUAGCAGCUGCUGUUCAACAGGUGACAAGCAAGAAAAAUGGUCACCUCAAUGUUCGGACAUCAUCAUCCCUUUCCAAACAGUCCAGUACAGAAAGCAUUACUGAGGAGUUUUAUCGUUACAUGCUCAAAGAUAUGGACAAAGAAAAUAAAGAUUAUGGAAUUACUAAAACCAAAGAUUGGAGCAACACCCUUUUGCCUCUACCCUCUAGAACCCCCUUCUGCAUCCGUCAAUCAUCUGUUCCAGACAGACGAUCAUCUGACUCAAGGCUAACAGUAAACUCUCCCAUUAAGGCCAACUCGUUUGAUGGAUUUGCCCGAAAUGUCCAUGGUGACUCUCUCAACAUUUAUCCAUCUAACUCUGUGUCAUCCACAGGAUUAUGUAAAUCUGAUUCCUGUUUGUACAAGCGUGGACAGACAGACCAUAUAACAGAUAUGCUUAUCCAUGAGACCUGGGCCAGCUCUAUUGAGUCUCUGAUGCGUAAAAACAAAAUCAUAACCGAACCCUCUGAGGACAGCACAGAGCAAGACUCCUCCGAAUCGCAACCACAUGUCCAGUGCUUUGCAAAUCGCCUAGCCUCAGACAUUGUUGAGAGUGGCAAGUCACUUAUUGGAAGCCAACAGGAAGUCAUGGCUAGUCAUGCUUCAGUUGGUGAAAGGAGGCGAGGUUUUGUGCAGUCCUGCUCAAGAAUUGGCCAAAACUGGUCCCAGCAAGAGAGUGCAAAUCAUGGACAGAGGGAAGUACCUCUGAUCCACAUUGAGCCAGAUCAAAAGGAUGAGGGAACUAAAGACAUGGAGUAUGAUAGUCACUUUAUCAGAGAUUCAAACACCAAUGUUCAACCUCAAAGUAGCAGCGAAAAAGGAACAUCAAUCCAGAACAGGCACACCAGCAACAGGACAACCACAGCACCCUCUACCAGUGUGGAAGGCACAUGUCGCUCUUUCAGCACUAGCAGUGAGGAUAGUGGCUCAGGUGGUUGGGCUCAAGUUGCCCCGGAUGAAGAUCCACAGGAGGAAACCACAUGUAGUUUUAUUCAUUUAAGUGAAGGAAAUGGUAACAGUAGUGCAUCUAGUCUCGGUGUUGCAGAUCUCGAGGGCUUUCCAGAAAGCUCCAGUUCCACUGGGUUUAACAGUGAGGAGAAACUGAGGGUAAUACAGAGUCAGGAACAAACAGAUGAGGUGACCUCAGGUCUGUCAACAGCAGGAAGUAGUUGUCACAGAGAGCUGCAAGUGAUGAACUUUGACCUAGAAGUGGAAGACAUGGAUAGAGAGAUGCGAGCGACACUGCAGUGGAUCGCAGCAUCUGAGCUUGGCAUCCCUGCACUGUACUACAGAAAAACUCUCCAGCACACUUAUACCAAGUUUCAGAAAGUGGUGCACCUGGCUGCUCAGAGAUCCUGGUGUGUGGGAGAUUUAUUCAGACUUGUGUUGCAAUUUUGUCGACUCCAUAGUGAGGGUGAAGAAGAGCUUGGACUGUUUGACUGGCUUCUGAAAACACAGCGCUAACAUACACAUACACACUCUCACAAACACACUGUGGCAAAGGCCUGUUGUUGAGAGCCCCAACUCUGCAACCACUUUGUACUGUAUGUCUCACAGUGGUGUCUAAAAGUCUAACCUUUUUCUCUCCCUCUCUCACUUCUCCUUUCUCUAAUUCUUUUUCUCUGUUUGUUUGACAAUGGGCUUUUACAUGUUUUCACUUUUCAUAACAUUGCAUCAUGAGAUCAAAUUAGCCACUGCUUCAGAGACCCUCUGUGAUUGGAGGACAUAUUUUUGGCGUAGCCAGUCAGUCAGUCUGGUAGGCGGGAUAGAUAUAAAAAAAAAGCCAUUUUGUAGCUUGUAAAUUUAUAAAUGUAGUUCGUGGCAUUUUGUUCAAAGGUAAAAAAUCUAUGUGGAUAUGAAAUGAUCUACUGAAUAUGAUAGAGAAUAUAUCAGUUGUGUAUAACAAUCUGAGUGCAGCAUUUCACAGAAUAAGGAUUUUGCUUCAGUUAUACUUUUAAAAGCACACCUGAUUGUUUCUGUGGUACAUUUAGAAAUGUGUUACAGUAUGUUGUGAGUAAAAUGAUUUAUUUUAGUUAGGUGUAAAUAAUGAAGUUUGCAUAAGUGAUUUACAGUAGUUGUGCGUGAGUACAGUUUGUCAUGUAAAAAACCUGUAUAUGUCAAAUUCAUUGCGUGAAAUGUAAUUGCAUAAUUACAGUAGUAUUCUGAACAUCAGCACGUAAAGCACAAAGGCAUCUAAUCUAUGACCAUAUAUCUGAAUGUAUUUAUCUUUUCAAAAUCAAUAAAAUUGUA